AUGCCUCGUUGCUACAUCGUCAAGAAGCAAAUAGCCGUCCCGCCCCCGCCAACGUCCGUGUCCGUUAUAGCAGCCGGCGGUGCUGGCGGUGGGGUUAUUCCCUACGGACGGCUCACUACUAAUGGCGUUCCCGUCGCCAUCCAUCCACCCCAACAGCAGCAGCAGCAGCAUUUCGGAGGCAGCAGCCAGAUUACGAUUAUCGGCGGGGGUGGGGGUGGCAUCGGAACCAGUGCAACGGAAGUGGGUAAUGUGAUUGUGAAGCACACCAGCAGCAGCGGCGCUGGCAAUGGCACAGCAACUGCAGCAGUGGUCCCAGGGGGAGUGAUCUGUAGCCCCACCCCGGCUGGACCACCCGGCACCGGAAAUGUGAUUAUAUUGAACAACGUAAGUGUGAUCAGCAGCAGUGGCGGUGGCUCGGGGCCACUGGGAAGUGUGAUUAGCGCUGGUCCGGUCACCGCUGCCAGAGGAGGGAUGGGAAUGGGUGGCAGUACGGCCACGGGCGGAGUGAUACAACGAAUAGUGGAUGAUGCGGCAGGGCCAACCGGGCCGACCAGCCCUACGGAGGCUUGUGUGGCGCCGAUCUAUUACACCAAUUUGAGCACGGAAAAUCAGAAUGGCAGCCUCGGGCUUCGGACGCCCAACCGGCGCAACAUGACAUCAGGCAUUGUGUACGGUUUUCCGCCGGCGGCAUCCUUGCAGCCUCUCGCUGGAUCGGUCGGUCCUAGGCCCUGUUCACCUGUUCCCAAAUUCCUGCACCUGUCUCCAGCCCACCCCACCCUGUUCCUGUUCACCCAGUUCCAGCACCUGUCCUGUUCCUCAGCCCCUGUUCCUGUUCCACCCACUCCUGUUCCCACCCUGUUCACCCACCUCACUCCCAGUUCCACCCCACCUGUUCAGCCCUGUUCCACCCCUGUUCCAGCUGUUCCCACCCCAGCCCACCCCAGCCUCACCCCUGUUCCACCCCUGUUCCCCACCAGCCUCCCAGCCUCCACCUGUUCUGUUCCUGUUCACCCCUGCCACCUCAGCCCCACUCACCCCACUCCAGCCCUGUUCCCAGCCUCAGCCCCACCUGUUCCCAGCCCCAGCCUCCCCAGCCCCAGCCCUGUUCCCACUCCCCACCUGUUCCUGAAAUUCACCCAGUCUCCCUGUUCCACCUGUUCCCACCCUGACCUGUUCCCACCACUGCUCCCAGCCCCACCAGCCCUGUUCCCACCACCCCAGCCCCACCACCUGUUCAGCCCCACCCCAGUUCCACCCACCCCACCCCACCACUGUUCCCCUGUUCCACCCCCUGUUCCACCCCAGCUCCCCAGUUCCUGUUCCAUCCCUGUUCCAGCUCCCACCAGCCCUGUUCACUCCACCUGUCUCCUGUUCCCACCCUGUCUGUUCUGUUCCACCCAGUCUCCACCCUGUUCCUGUUCCUGUUCCACUCCCUGUUCCCAGCCCCCAGUUCCCACCCCACUCCCACCCACCCCUGCUCCACCUCCAGUUCCUGUCUGUUCCACCUCCUGUUCCUGUUCCCAGCCCAGCCUCAGCCCUGUUCCACCUGUUCCCAGCCCCAGCCCCCACCCAGCCCUGUUCACCAGCCUCCACCCCCAGCCUGUUCCAGCUCCAGCCCCACCCCAGCUCCCACUCACCCCAGCUCCACCUCAGCCCACUCCCAGCCCCUGUUCCCCAGCUGCACCCCCUGUUCCUGUUCCCCUGUUCCAGUUCACCACCUGUUCCCAGCCCACCCUGUUCACCCCUGUUCACCCCACCUCCAGCCCACCUGUUCACCUGUUCUGUCUCCCAGCUCCCUGUUCCACCCCAGUUCCAGCAGCUGUUCCCACCUGUUCCCACCCACCUGUUCCCACCCUGCCCCACCCCACCAGCCCUGUUCCACCCAGCCCCACCCCUGUUCCCACCUGUUCAGCUCCACCUGUUCCUCACCCCACCUGUUCCUGUUCCACCAGCUCCCACCUGUUCCACCUGUUCCCACCCCCCCACCCCACCCAGCCCCUGUUCCCAGCCCCCACCUCCAGUUCCUGUUCCCAGCCCCUGUUCCCAGCCCUGUUCCCACCCACCCCACCCCUGUUCAGCUCCCUGUUCAGCCCCUGUUCCCACCUGCCUCCCAGCCCCACCCCCAGCCUCAGCUCCCAGCUCCCACCCCAGCCUCACUCCCAGCCCAGCCUCCCAGCCUCCCACCCCAGCCUCAGCCUCAGUUCCUGUUCCCAGCCCACUCCCAGCCCACCAGCCUCACUGUUCCCAGCUCCCACCCAGCCUCCACCUCAGCCUCAGUUUAGCUUUGCUUUACUUUAG